GUCACUUUGAGCAACCACAUUGCCAAAUCCUACUCUUCACCCGUAAUUUCAUAGAGUUCAGGUCAAGAUGUCGUUCGGAAAGCUGUACGGCUUCAAGGAAAAUGCCCGCUCCACCGCUCUUCUAGUGGUUGCGAAGGAGAACAACCUCGACGUUGAACUCGUCGAGACUCGUCCGCCCAAUGUCGACACCGAAUAUCUCAAAUUGAACCCCCUUGCCCGAGUCCCAACUUUCGUUGGCGCCAAUGGCUUCAUCCUGACCGAAAGCAUCGCAAUCGCCAUCUACUUUGCGUCUCAGAAUGAGAAGACAACCCUGCUCGGCAAGACCAAGCAAGACUAUGCUUCCAUUGUCCGAUGGAUGUCAUUUUCCAACUCUGAGGUUCUCCCUACCCUCAGCGGCUGGUUCCGUCCUCUCAUCGGCCGAGACCCAUACAACAAGAAGUCAGUCGACGACUCGAAAGCUGCAGCACUGAAGGUUCUCCAAGUUCUCGAGCAGCACUUCCUCAUCCACACUUUCCUUGUCGGAGAGCGCCUCACCCUUGCCGAUCUGUUCACUGCUUCCCAAAUUGCACGCGGUUUCCAGUACACUCUUGACAAGGCCUGGCGAUCCGAGAACCCCAACGUCACUAGAUGGUACGAGACCAUUACCAACCAGCCGAUCUGGAAGGCCAUCAUCGAGCAGCCCAUCAUGGUCGAGGAGGCAGUCAAGUACACCCCACCAAAGAAGGAUGCAAAGCCUGCUAAGGCCCCAACACCAGCUGCGCCCAAGGCCGAGAAGAAGCCAGCUAAAGAGGAGGAAGACGAAGAAGAGGAGGCAAAGCCGGAAGUCAAGGCCAAGCACCCUCUUGAAGCGCUUCCCAAGCCAACUCUCAUUCUCGAUGACUGGAAGCGAAAGUAUUCCAACGAGGAAACUCGUGAGGUCGCUCUCCCUUGGUUCUGGGAACACUACAAGCCAGAGGAGUAUUCUUUGUGGAAGGUGGACUACAAGUACAACGAUGAGUUGACGCAGGUCUUCAUGACUUCCAACCUCAUUGGUGGCUUCUUCGCCCGCCUCGAGGCUUCCCGAAAGUAUCUCUUUGGAUGCUGCUCGGUCUAUGGCCAGGCCAACGACUCUGUCAUCCAAGGUACCUUCCUAGUCCGUGGCGACGAGGCUCUUCCUGCUUUCGAUGUCGCUCCGGACUAUGAGAGCUACGAAUUCACCAAGCUUGACCCCAGCAAGCCCGAGGACAAGGCUUUCGUCGAGGACCAGUGGUCGUGGGAUAAGCCAAUUGAGGUCAACGGCAAGAAGUACGAGUGGGCUGAUGGCAAGGUCUUCAAGUAGAUGGCACAAACAACGUCAUCCAACCUGGUCAUCACCGCUUGUGCUUGACCUGUGAAAAGAUGCAACAGACAUUCAUCUGAAGCCAUGUUCAUGACGCGAUGAGAAAAGGAUGCGUGAGAGACAUGCACACUCGAGGUUGGUCUCGCUGGGGGGACUAUGACCAGCUGAACAUUAGGUGUUGACGUGUGUAUGUCUUGUUUCUUAUUAGCUCCCAUAGAAAAGGAGAAGCUAUGCAUGCCCUACGAUAUAUUUCGGCCUCUCUAUCUUCGCGGUAAUCCUACG